AUGGGUGUCAGCAAAGCCUGGAGUGCUACUCCCGCCGUAUACGUCAACGACUUGAAUAUCGUUGGAUGGGGCAAUGCUUGGCUCUUGCCCCUUUUCAUAUAUGAUGCUGAUGCUGUUGGGGGGAGUCACGUGUCACCCCACCUAGCACAACCUCUAUACAAUGAUAAUAAAUACACAUAA